CUUUACUAAACCCAACCCUCGCGAUAACACGGAGUGAGGCACUCGCUGUUCGUUUCGGUGCGGGUUGGAAAUAGUUUAGUUUGAUUAAUUACCAAAACAAUACCCUCUUUUUUGUUGUUUCCCCGUACCUGUAGCUCAUUGAUAACGUUUUACCUGUUUGUUUGUUUUUUUUUUAAUUUAAAAGUUACUUUUGUCUUCAAUUUAAGCGACUUUGUUUUUCUUCCAAUUCGAUUUCGGAGGAGCAAUGAGUUUCCUGUUUGGCAAUCGCUCUUCAAAGACCUUCAAGCCGAAGAAGAACAUUCCUGAAGGCUCCCACCAGUACGAGCUGCUGAAGCAUGCGGAGGCGACGCUGGGCAGCGGGAAUCUGAGGCAGGCUGUCGUGCUGCCGGAGGGAGAGGACCUCAAUGAGUGGAUCGCAGUCAACACUGUGGAUUUCUUCAACCAGAUCAACAUGCUGUACGGGACCAUCACGGAGUUCUGUACUGAGAUCAGCUGCUCUGUGAUGUCAGCAGGGCCCAGGUACGAGUAUCACUGGGCCGACGGCACCAACAUUAAGAAACCCAUCAAGUGCUCGGCCCCCAAGUACAUCGACUACCUGAUGACCUGGGUUCAAGACCAGCUGGACGACGAGACCCUCUUCCCAUCCAAGAUCGGCGUGCCGUUUCCCAAGAACUUCAUGUCUGUGGCGAAGACGAUCCUGAAGCGUCUGUUCCGAGUCUACGCCCACAUCUACCACCAGCACUUCGACUCCGUCAUGCAGCUGCAAGAGGAGGCGCACCUCAACACGUCCUUCAAACACUUCAUCUUCUUCGUUCAGGAGUUCAACCUGAUUGAUCGCAGAGAACUGGCACCCCUCCAGGACCUGAUUGAGAAACUGGGCUCGAAGGACAGAUAGACGCUCCCAGAUUCAGCAUCCUACCUACAGUACAGCCUGGGUUCUGUUGCAGAAGCUUAAUCUAAAGAAAAAACAAACAAACAAAAAAAAACAAUUUAUACUAAACUUCAUCUUUACUGGAUGUGCACAUAAUGGAGGCCAGAGUGGCUUGCAUUUUUUUUUUCUUGGGGGGGGGGGGGGGGGGGCGGGUGGCGGCCCUCUUCUCACCGAACUAGAGCCGUACGCAGUUUUACUCUUUUAAAAAAAGAAAAUGUAAUUAAAAAAGGAAAGUAAACUAUAUCAAAGCCAAGGUUUUAUAACAGACCUGCUCUUCUCCACGCUCUGUAUUUUACCAACCGUCAGUUUAUUCAUUUUCAAAAGUGUGAAAUCGUACAGAAUGAAAAAAAGUUGCAAAACAAGCGACAUGUAAUUACUUCGGUCAAAGAAUAAAUCGAUUGCUUGCGUUUUUUUAAUUUUAAUUUGGAACACAAUGUUUUCACUGAUGAGUCAGUGCAGACUCGUGCUAAUGUAGUAGCUAUGGCUGCAUUGUAUCGGAUGCAGUCCUGGAACUAGCAUUCACAAAGCUAGUAUCUGUCUGGAGGGGGGUUUGUUUUAAUACAUGCAGCGUUUCUGGUUUAAAUAACAUGGCAGUGCAGUCUUUUAAAAUAAAAUGCUUUAUUUUUAUAAACGUGUGUAUGGAGUGGAGAGGAGGGCUAUAGUAGAAAAUAAUUGACCCGAGGGAAGACUAUUGUUACCGACAGGGGCUAUAAUUGCACCCUGGAGGUAACAGUAGUCUUCCCGAGGGGCUUUUAAUUUUCCACUAUGGCUGAGUCUGCAGUUCAUAUGUAAUAUAUGAUGAGUCAGUCAAAAAAAUAAGUGAGGCAAGGUUGGAUAGUAAAUACAACUUUCUAGGUUUUGUUUAAAUACAGCAUAAGUAAAUAAAUAAAUAACCGAAUGUUUCUGAAGUUCAUACCGUAUACUUGGCUAAGUUUUUCUCCGCGUCUGUCUGGUUUGCUGACUGCUGUAUAAUCCAGUUCAUAUCCUGCCCGUCAUGUUUGUUUACAUCGUCGAGCUGAAUUUGUCAGAAAACCGUGACAGUGACGUUUUCAAUCAUCGUUUGAGUGUUUGGAGCAUCUUUCUUUUGUAGUAUGUUUUGUUAUUCAUGUUCUGUUAAAUCACAGAAUCGGUGUUCAGCCAGUUUCUCUUGUGAAGAGUGCAGGGGAGAGAGGCGUUCCUUUGAAAAGGGGCGGGGCCGACAGGGAUGUGAACCAAUCGCAUGACAGAUCUCGACUAUUGACCGGUGGUGUAAGGAUGUCAGGGCAAUAGUUCAAUCUGCUUUUCCUCCUAUGAUGAGGUUUUAACCAAUCACAGGCCAGGAUUUCCAGUAUAUGUACAGUAGACCCGUGAAUAUAGGCUUUCAAACAGCACUCUGUUUUUUUGGCUUGUUCGUCAACCAUGCGGCAAAGCAAAAUUGAUUAAAGAAAAAUAAAAAUAAAAACAGAUCCGAUUAACUUCUCAUGUCAAACUUUUGUUGCCAGGUUGAUUCUGAAUAAAAGCUUAGUUUGCGAUUUCUAAGACUUGGUACACUUUGAAACGAUUCACGUCAGGUUGAUUUUGAAUAAAAGUUUAGCUUCAUUUCGGGAUUUUUGCUUUUGUACUGCGUUUUAAUUCUUUAGCGAAUAGGAUAAAGCAAAGGCAGAAUACUGCAUACACGAGACGAACAGGUACAUGCAAUUCUACUUGUAUUCACAAUCUCAUCUCAUUAACUUACACCAACAGUGUAUCGUUCGUUUCGAUUGUCCUUUCGCUAUAACAAACACCUCGAUGUAACGAACAAAAGGCUUGGACCCCGACAGGUUCGUUAUAGCGAGGGUGUACUGUAUGUGUAUGUAUUGAUUUUAUAAUUUUAAAGCUAAUUUCAAAACCCAUAGCUGUAUCAACUAUUCUACAUGGCAAAAAAGUGAAAAAAAAUUGAUACUUGAAAAAAAAAAAAAAAAGACAUGGUGUAGGGUUAGGGGUGUGUUUAUUUUUUAUAAAUGAAUAUUAAUGCAACCCAAGCUCCGAGCAGGGAUGCUAUAUGUGUAUUAGUAUUUUAUUUAGUUUUUUUUUUAAUUUUUAAUAGAGCGUAUCAGAAAUAAUAGACAAAUUUGUGAAAUUACGGAGAGUUAUAUAUACAAAUAAACUCUCCUGUCGGUGUGUUAUAUCUGUGUUUUAAAAACUAUUGAAAUUGUCAAAAGACUUCGUUGCGACGUCAUCUGCCGCAGUCCUGGUUAUAAAAGCAUUUCACAUUUUGAGUGACAGAAAUAGGUAUUUAUAGUUGACCGUUUGUUAAUAAACUGUCAGUAGAUCUGCCGUGUGUGUGUGUGUGUAUCGUUACUGUCAUUGCAGCUCAUAUUUCAUAUGUGUGUUUCCUGCUGCAUUAAAUAAAACGACAUACACAGACUGCUAUGUAAAGCCACUAAUGCCCUAUACACACGAUCAUCACAGUUUGAAAACGUGAUUGUGAAUGGAAAUCGUGUGGUUUAAAUGCGCGUUAUUUAGCUAGUGUGGAUAGCUUAUAGAAUAAUCGCGCUAACGCUGCGUACCAGUCUUAGAAUGACCUCUUACUGGAGCAGGAAACUACCAAGUCUCAAAAACAUACUCAAGAUACUUCUGAAAUAUGAGCUCCAAUGGCAUCUCUAUUGACUGUUUACUGUUAACUAAACUUUGGCAAGUGGUUAAUUUCAUAUUAAUGAAAUACUUUAGUGUCACUUGAAAUAAAGCGUUGCCACAAUUUGAGUUUAGCUGUCCCCCCCCCCCCCCCUUCCAAAAAAAAUGACUAGAAUGGCUAGUAAAUUUGUGUCUGUACAUAAUCUGUGUUCAAAUUGAUGAUCCUAAAAUCCGCAGUACGGAGGGGUGUCUUGGAAUAAACCUUAAUUUCAUUUUUUAUCUUUUUCCUUUACAACCUGAAUACAGUUUUAUGAAAAGUGAUUUUUUUUUUUUCGUAAAAUCGUAUUUUGCCAAUGAUCCAUGACACCACAAUGUCGACACUGAUUAGGUCAAUUCAGUAAAACGCGCUGCACAUUUUAUUUUAUUAUUUGUAUUUUAAAUAGAACUGCAAAACUGUUUUGAUUUUAUUUUUUUGGGGGAGUGGGUGGUUCUUUUAGGGGACAGCAGUAUAGCUGAAAGAACGUGUUCUUUUUAAUUUUGUGGUUAUACCAUGUGAUGUAGACUUUUUUGUUUCGAUAUUCUAUCAUGUAUCUUAAUCCCACUUGUGCUGUAAUAUUUUUUAUAUAUAUAUAUAUACUUGAUCUCUUUUUUUUUUUGUAUGUUUAGAUCUAGAUAUGUUUGCCUACAUUUUUCAUUCUAAAUACUAUUAAAUACCACGUUGUUUUCCUUGUGUUAAUAGCAAAAUUGACCAUUACCACCUUCUGCUUAUAUAUAAAUAGGUUUUACUACAGCAUGUUUUUAAGGUGUGGUGUGUUUUUAAAAUUGAAUAGUAUUUUACAUAGAGGCAAAACGAGAAAUAUUUUGGACCAAUCUGCUUAUUAAACGUGCCUUUUAAUGCCUUGAAAAACUCUGAAAAGUUUGUAUAUCUUUUUGUUUUUAAAUCUGAUUGUAGGACUUGUUCCACUUUGUCAAUCGCUUUUGUUUAAACGUGUUCUUUUGUAUUAAAUGCAUAUUUGGUUCACAGAAA